UUGAGCGAUACUGUUCAUUCUAGCCAACGUUGCGCACAUCGUUUUGUUUCACAGAAGUUGUUUGACAUAGAACCUGUGAAUUUCGGUUUGCUUGGCUGUAGGUGCCCGGUCUUCGGCCUGUGAAGGUUCUCCUUUUGUUUUCGUCCUCAGCGGGAAUCACAGAGUGCAGAAAUGUAUAAUGGCAUCGGACUCACCACGCCGCGAGGCAGUGGCACUAAUGGCUACGUUCAGAAGAACCUGUCCAGCAUACGCGUGAAGCGGAACAGAGAUGAGCGCGGAGGAGAGAGGGAUGAAAAGGAUAGAGAGAAACUGGAGAGCCAGCUGAACAGACAACCUAACGCUGAAAUCCUGGAGCACCAGAAGAAGAGGCAGCUGGAGGUGAAAUGUGCUGAGCUGCAGGACAUGAUGGAGGAGCAGGGGUACUCAGCAGAGGAGAUUGAGGAGAAGGUCAAUACCUUUCGUAUGAUGUUGCAAGAAAAACAAGAACCUCAACCUCCUUCAACAGAGAGGCCGGCUGCAACUGAAACUCAUGCUCUUGCGGCUGCUAACCAGCAAAAGAAUGACCGUUUGAGAGAGGCAUUCGGCAUCAGCUCUGACUAUGUCGACGGCUCGUCCUUUCAUCCUGAACGGAAGGAGCGAGAGAAAGAGAAGAGGGAGCAGGAGAGACUGGAAAGAGAGAAGCAACAACAGCAGAAAUACAAGGUGAUAGAGUCUGAUGACUCAAAUUCAUCUCCUGAUCAAAAAAAGAGCCGGAAGAAGAAAAGGAAGAAAAACAAAAGCAGGGAAAGCUCUGAAAGCCCCUCGCCAUCCCCUCAACGGGAGAAGAAAAAAGACAAGAAGAAGAAAAAGAAAAGGGAGGAGUCGGCGAAGAGUGACACUGAGAGUUCAUCAGAUGACAAAGAAGCAUCCAAGAGAAAGAGGAAAAGGAGUGAAAAUGAGACUCCUCCCAGUAAGAGCCAAAAGCGUCAAAGUACAUCCUCCAGUCCAGCUCGCAGUCAGUCCCCUCAGAGACGAAAACAGCAGAAUAAAUCUGACCCACGUGCAGAAGAGAAAAGGAAAGGUAGAUCUCCUGACAGAAGGCGGCGUGGCCACAGUGAGGAAAGUCCAAAGAGGAUGGAAAUCCGUGAGAGGUCAUCAAGACGCUCAAGAACCCCUGAGCCUAACAGAAGAGACAAAGACCAAGAAUGGCAGCAAGUACAAGAAAAGUCUCAGCAAAAACGACACGACGACUCCUCUACAUCUCCACCACGAAAGCAGCAGAGAGACAGAAGACAGCGGAGUGUAGAGAUCGAGAAACCUCCUCCAAUGAGACGACACGAUUCCUCAUCUCCGUCUCCACUGCGGAAACAGCAGAGAGACACAAGACAAAAGGGUGAGGAGAGAGAGAAACCCUCCCAAAGGAAAAGACACGACUCUGCAUCUCCCUCGCCUGAGCAGCACAGUGACAGAAUGCAAAGAAAUUUGGACGAUAAUAAAGUCAGAAGUCAAAAAAGACAAGAGUCUUCCACAUCCCGAUCUCCUUCUCCACGGAAAGACAGAACGAGAAGAGGACACAGUGGAGAGAGAGCAGCUUCUCUGAGGGUUUCUGCAGAUAGUUUAAGAGGGAGGCAGAGGAAUAGCGAUAGAGACGCAUCUAGUCGAAAGAGCGAUCAAGGACAGGAAAGGCAAAGAACCCGAUCUGGUGACUCCAGCUCUCCUGCUAAGCGCUCGCCUUUCUCUAACGGAAGACAAAAAGAGCAAGAUCAUGAACAGGAGAGAAGAAAGCAGGAGGAGAUGAAGGAAGAAGCUAGGAGAAAAGGCAGAGAGAGUGACAGGGAGAAAGAGAGAAUCCGUUAUGGUGAUGCCAGGAUAGAGGAGAUGUCCAGAUCUGAUAUGACGUUCUCUAGCAAACAGCCAGAGGACCGACGAGGUCCCAAAGGAGGUGAGUCAGAGCGGGAGGUGCAGGAAAGAGAGAGAAAAGACAAGAGAAUGGAGGAGGACAGGAGGAAGGUAAGAGCUCAGGAACUGAGUCCUAUGGAUAGAGAUGGAGACCAAAAGGAGAAACAGGUAGAAAAGCCGGGAAAGAAAGACAAAGCCAAGGCUGUGAGCAGCAGUAGUAGUAGCAGCAGCAGCAGCAGUAGUAGUAGCAGCAGCGGCAGCAGUAGUGACAGCGACAGUGACAGCUCAUCAUCAUCAUCCUCCUCAUCGUCGUCAUCAUCUUCAUCCUCUGAGGAUGAGAAAAAGAAAAGCUCAAAAGACAAGAGUAAUGUUGCCAAAUCAGUCCCUAAUGCUGUCAUUGCUCAAGCUAUUGCACGGCGAGAAAAGGAGGCCAGAGAAAGUGAUGAGAACAGGAAACUGCAGAGGUCAUCUCCUGAACCUAAGAAAAAAAGUGAUGAUGUGGAAAAGAGAAAGACGGACACCGAGAGAGAAAGGAGGCCGCCUCCAUCCAAAACAAUUCAAAGGUCCAGUCAAUCUGAAAAAGAUAGGGAUCGUGGGAAAGAGAGGUACACCCCUACCGAAAGCUCCAGCCCACCUCCUUCUCCCCCUCAGCGAGGUGGAGGCAGGAUCUCGCCUUCAGAAGUGACAUCUCAAAUCAAAGAACCUGAGAGGCUCAGAAGGAGUGAGCGAUACAGCCCAUCGGAGCUGGAACGAGAACCCUCACGCCCCUUAUCUGGCAGAGGACGGGAUCGACAGAGUGACCAGAAGGGAAAGGAAGUGUCACAGCUCAGGAACGCUGCAUCUCGGCCCUCGCCGAAACGUACGCCACCACGACAGUACCAGGAUCCAGCACGCUCCCGUUCUCCCAGCCCAAGACGAGGAGCGAGGAGACCCUCACCCCGCAACUCAUCCCCUCCUCGACGGGACCGCAGCCGGGAACGCUUCAGAGCAAGAGAGAGGGACAGAUUUAGGGAGCGUUCAAGGGAGAGAAGAACAAGGAGUAGCAGAUCAAGGAGUCCACGUAGACAAAGUCCUUUCUUUAGGUCUCGUCGUUCACCCUCUCCAGUACGUCGACGCAGAAGCAGCCGAUCCUUGUCAAGAGAAAGGCAGAGAGAGCAGGAGAGGAGGAAUCGAGACCGAGACAGGCAACGCGAACAGGACAGAGAAAGAGAGCGAGAGAGAGAGCAGAGAACUAGAGCACCGCCCAAAGAUCCAACUCCUCCACGCCGUUCUUCAUCCUCUUCCAGUUCAUCCUCGUCAUCCUCACCCUCUCCUCAAAGACAAAUGAAGGGGCUGAAGCCUACAGAUGCAGAUAUAGAGAGAUCAAGGGAAAGUGACGAACGCCCAAGAAACAGGGCACCAGAAAGAAACCCCAAACAUCCACCCCCCUCUCCUCCUCAAGAGAGCCGUCUCCCUUCCAAUCAGUCAGUUCGUCGUUCUCCCUCCUGUGAACUUCCUGCCAGAACGAAGUCACCAACUGCCAACCAAUUACAAAGCAGGAAUCCACCAGGUGACAGAUUGAAAGGCCAGUCUCCAUCGUCAAUUAAUGAGCGGCCACAGACUCAACAAACUGAGCAGUCAACGAGAGGAAAGAAAGCAUUGAAUGGGAAACCAGAAGACCAGAAGAAAAGGAGAAGCAGCUCAAGUUCUUCGUCCUCAUCUUCCUCUUCGUCCUCAUCUUCAUCAUCCUCGUCAUCUUCAGACAGCUCUGACUCGGAAGAAGAAAAAGGGAAAGGGGGUGAUAAAACAAUAAAAAAUAAAGAUUCUGGUAACACAACAAAAGGCAAAGCUGCUUCAUCAUCGUCGUCCUCUUCAGAAAGUGAGCAAGAACAGAAAAAAAGUCCGCCGCGUCCUAAGAGAGUGCCAGCGGAUUCACUGAGGGACUCUAGGUCACUCAGUUAUUCUCCUCCAGCAAGACAACAAAGACCUGCACAAUCUGCACCCUCUCGACGGAAUACAAGCAGGAAGUCCAGAAGCAGAUCUCCAGACUAUCAGCAGAGAAAAUAGUUUUUCUUUUGUGGACUCGUUGUCUUUGCUUCGGAGGACUGGAUCAUCUCAGAAUGGAGAGGCCGAAAAUGUGUCCUGUUGCAGUGGUGAUUGUUUCACCAGUACUAGGAGCAGAAAGUCUCUCAAAUCCUGGUUCUUUAUAACUCAUCCGGAAGGGGAGGAUUAUUUUUACUUUUAUUAGUGUAAUUAAUGUGCAAGGCCAUACAUUGAAUGUCUCAUCACCGACAGCUCUGUGCAAACAGAUGCUGGACAAUUAUUGUACACGCGCGCAAAACCACAAAUAUGUCCAGUGUAUUUCUGUCUGCUACAUUGGUCUGAAUAUAGGUAAUUGUCUGUAAUUUGGUGAUCGGAUAGGACAGUGUUUUGUUGCAAUGUAUGUGGACAGUGUCUGUUCCUUUUUGUUUCAUUGUGGAAAUAAAUUCUGAAUAAUAAAAUGGCUGUACAAUA